AGCUGUACAAAUUGCACAAUGAUAAUAAUCUAAAGGAGAAACUGCAGUCCCUGAUAAACUAUCCUCUGGGGCCCACACAAUUUGAGGUGGAGUGGAAUAAGCUGGUGGAUGAAUGUGGCAUAAGAGAACACCCUGCAAUUGUUGCAUUGUGGCAGAAAAGGAAGAGAUGGAUAGCAACAUAUUUCAAAGGCAUGUACUGUGGGCGAAUGACUUCCACCCAGAGAUCUGAGAGCCAAAACAGGGUUUUGAAAGAUGGUUAUGUUAACAAUGUGACAAGCCUGCAUAUAUUUGCAAAGAGGGUGCUUGACUCUAUUCAGCACACAGACCACAUGGAUGCUGGGGAGUCACACUACUCACAGACUGAAGUUGUCAGAGCCUGCAAAUCAAGAUUUGAUGAGCAACUCAGCAGGGUGUACACCAGGGCUGUGUACAAUGAAUACAAGAGGGAAUAUAUUAACAGCACAGCUUUUGUGAUAGAGCCUGAUCCGGGAGUGGAAUGCGGUUACUUGGUGAAACAUGAGAAAGGCGAUGGGACAUUUUGCUAG